ACAACAGGCUAAGCAACAUGUUCAGACAAACUAUAAUACGUCGUUUCUGUACGACUCCAGCAUAUCUCAAUAAAGGCUUCGGAGCCAAAUCACUUAAACCACAUGCGAAACAAAUUCUUGGGAAUCCUGGGAACAAGCAGCCCACAUCAAACCCAGCCGAUAUGUUCAAGAGAAAUGAUGUCUUGAUGUACUCUGACAAACCCAUAAACUAUAUAGAAUCAGUGAAACCUGAUGGGUUCCACUUCUUCAAUACUAUGUUGAUAACAUCUCCUGAUAAACAGGGUAAGAAUGUUGGUGCAAUUUUGCUUGGUACCGAAGUAUACGAAGUUAAUUUGGAUAACCUUGAAAUCGAUAAUGUUCGAGUAAAUUUUCCCUCAGAAGUAUUAAAGAUCUUUAAAAAAGUCUACCCUAAACCGGAAAUCGUUGUUAUCGGAUUGGGUAAACAAAACAGAAUAUUGAUGCCAGAAACCAAGAAUGUAUUCAGUGAAUUAGGGAUUCAGACUGAAGUAGGUGAUUCUAGCAGUGCUGCUCUGGUUUUUGAUUUGUUAGCCACUGAAAGACCCAAUGUUAUUGGAGCUUUGUUGUUGCCACCAAACUUAUAAGCUAGAAGUUUAUAACUUGUAUAUAGUUCUUUUAUAGACAAUCGCUUACAAAAAGUUAAAUAUUAUUGUACAUUAUAUAUAAAUGAAACGAAUCGAAACAUAGUCUAAGCAGACAUCAGCAUAAGUUCCUAAUAUUAUUCCUUGUCAUACUUAGGCUGUUGUGUAUAACCAAACAGAUAAGGCGAUAUUUCAGAAUAUAUCCCCGGAGUGUAAACAUUCAGAUGUUGAGGAGUUGACAUCAAUAUCAUCAUAUUGUUUGUAGGUUGUUGAAUUGGAUUUGAGGGUCCAGCAGUGGGCGAUGGUCCUUGUUGUGGAAUAUUUUGUUGAACUUGAACAUGGGGAGGUGGAUGGUUGGGUGGUGGCAUGCCAUAAUUUGGAACAGUAGAAUAAUACAGUGGAGAUUGUUUGUCAAAAACUUUAUCCAAGAAAAACUUGUCAUUUCCUUCAAUUUCAAAGCUAGAAUGAUCAGUGCUUAUGUUUAAAUGACUCGAAUUCAUGCUGUUAUGUGAUAUGAUGCUAUGUUCCUUGGAAAUGUUCACUUCCUUGGGAGGAACAAGCAUUUCCAGCUGCACGUUAUGGUUUUCCUUUUUUGUUGGUUUCUUGGACUUAUUAUUCAUUAAAGUAUGCACAUCAGUAAAUAUGAUUUGAAACUUAUUCAUCCCAGCUUGCAUCUUAGCUUUAUUAGUUUUGGAUUUUUCUUCUUUUGAUUUGGUCUUUUGUUUAAGUUUUGGCUGGCCACCAGCUUUUCGUUCAGAAAAGAUCCCCAUUCGAGGCUCAAGAGUUUUAUUCUGGGGUGUGGGUGAAGGUGGCUGUUUAGGUUCGUCUUCAUCUUCAUCCGUGGUUUCCGGGGUGACUUUGGUAGGACUUACAAUUACAAUUGUGGAUGGACUACUGGGAGCAUGUAAUUUCUGAUUUGCUGGGGUUUGGAAUUCAAUCUUUGGCUUAUUGGUUAUAUCUCCCAAUGGUUUCUUCGGAGUCACAGUAACCGUCACUUUUUGUUGUUGCUGUAUAUUAUCAUCAUUCUCCUCUUCCUCAUCUUCAUCGCCAUUCUCUGUUCCUUCAUCAUCUUUUGCUGCUCCAGUAAUAUUCUGAGCUAAAAUUGACAAUUUUUGAGGUAGUCUAGGGGGAGUGUCCACAAGAGUGAUGCUUCUCUUUGUAGCACUUUUCGUAGUAUCCAACAACUUUAUCUUUUGAGCACUAUUAGGCGCCAGCAUUUUG